GCGUCACAGCUCGACCGCUCACAAACGCUCUGGGGUUUGAUGUGGGUGUGGGAGCAACUUUAGGAAACAAAGUGUCCAUCGCUUCAAAACUAGCUCACAUCUGUUCCUGUUCUCGGUUUAUUAUUCUCGAAGAAGUUUUAAAAACUCCGAGGAGAUCAUCAGGCGUUCACGUCACUCUACGGGUCUUCAUAUAGGUCUCAUCAUGUCCGAUGGGGACUAUGAUUACCUCAUCAAGUUCCUCGCUCUGGGGGACUCUGGGGUGGGAAAGACCAGCUUCCUAUAUCAGUACACAGACAGCAAAUUCAACUCCAAAUUCAUAACCACAGUGGGAAUAGACUUCAGAGAAAAACGAGUGGUGUAUAAAUCCAGUGGUCCUGAUGGCACAGCAGGCAGAGGCCAGAGGAUCCACAUCCAGCUUUGGGAUACGGCCGGACAGGAGAGGUUUCGAAGUUUGACCACUGCUUUCUUCAGAGAUGCGAUGGGCUUUCUGCUGCUCUUUGACCUCACCAACGAGCAGAGCUUCCUGAAUGUGCGCAACUGGAUGAGUCAGCUGCAGACACAUGCGUACUGUGAGAAUCCCGAUAUCGUCUUGUGUGGAAAUAAAUCAGACCUGGAGGAGCAGCGUGCCGUCAAAGCGGAGAACGCAAGAGAACUGGCAGAGAAAUACGGCGUGCCAUAUUUCGAGACGAGCGCGGCGAACGGUGAGAAUGUGAGUCGUGCAGUGGAGGUUCUGCUGGAUCUUAUCAUGAAGCGCAUGGAGAGAUGUGUGGAUAAAUCCUGGAUCCCCGACGGGACAGUCCGCAGCAACGGCCACAGCACCGCCGACCUGACAGAACCACACGACCCCGAGCAGAGCAAGUGUGCAUGCUAAUAAUCAGCGUAAACCCCACGCUUCACUCUGUUUUAAUCUCAGUGAUGGACCGAAUGUCUCUUACAUCUUCACCUGGAGCUCAGUCUUCACAUUUCCAGAGCACUUUACACCAAAUACCCACAAUGCAUCAGGAUAGAUGUGUGUCACGGGUGUUCUUCAGUCACACAUUACCAUAAGGUUCCAUUAGUUAAAGGGAUAGUUCACCCAAAAUCUUAUGUUCACUGCCUUUUUUAUGGAUUCUCAUGUGCUUAGGAACGUAUAUGAGUUUCUUUCUUCUGUUGAACACUAAAGAUGAUGAAAAUCUGUAAUCAAAUAGUAGAAAAACAACAGAAGAAACUUGUAAAGCUUUUCAAAACAAAGGCAAGUCAAUUAUAUUUGGGGUGAGCUAUCGCUUUAAAUAAGGGAUGAUGUGCAUCUAGCCAGUUAUUCUGGCAGAAUAAAGCAGGUUAAAAGCAGUUCUAUGAGAAAAACAACUGUCCUGGAUGUGUUUCAUCUUGUUUAUUACACGGCUACUUGUCACAAAACGUAAAUACUCAACACAAAACAUUGUUUUGAGUCGUAAUAGUUUAUUAACUCUUUAAUUAAAGGCAAAGCUGACAAAUGAAAA